AUGGCCUACGAAUCGCCAGCACUCAGAUCGACAGUCCUCUCAAUGGCUGCAAAUCAUCUCGCAUUUGCAUCAAACGAUGCUUCACUUCACCUACAAGGCUACCGUCAUCAACGAGACGCAAUUCAAGAGCUUCAAAGGAUGAUUCAAGAUCCAGUGAAGAUGGAUACUGAGCCAGCGCUGGCCACUGUCAUGAUGAUGCAGGUUUCGGCGCGAUUGUUUGGCGAUGAGGAUGAAGCCAACGUCGCGAACCAUCUGACUGGCGCCAAAGCCAUGAUAACACGGCGCAGUGGGGGUAGCUGGCUUGCCACAUCUAGUGCUCGCUUCCUCCUGAGCCUGUUUGCAUACCACGAUAUCCUAUCUUCCGUGUCAAGAGGCUCGCAGCCAUUAUUGGAUCAUGAAAUGGACUUUAUCGCCAUCGAAGGGGAGAAAGAGCUAGAAAGUAUCGCAAAAGUCCUAGUGGUCGUUGCAAAGAUCAGUCAGCUGCAGCACGCUAUCAAGAUGAGAAGAGCCCUAUCGCCAACAAGCCCUGCUUUGUCGGAAGAUGAAAAUACUACUGGCCAACAUAUUCAGCAGAUCCUAUUAGCCAUGGAUUUCGGUGCAUGUAAGAGGAGGGAUAGCGAAGAGCGCAUAGACAUUAGCUCGACAGCUGAAGCCUAUCGCCACGCCGCCUUCAUUUACCUCUACCGAACCUGGCUCGAUAUAGGUGCUCCCAAUCCGAUAAGCAUGGAGCAUAUCAAUCAGUGUCUAUCACAGCUACAACAAGUCGACAUCCGUUCGCCUUUAACAUCAGCGCAUAUGUGGCCGCUGUUCACCGCGGGCUGCGAAGCGAUCGACAGCACACAACGACAAUUCGUCCGUGAUCGAUUUGAAAAGCUGUGUGCUGUAAAGCAUUUCCCCAGCUUGAAACGCGUCAUGCGCGAUAUCGAACAUGUUUGGGCAGCCAAGGAUAUGGAGCAGCAGAUGAAAGGUCAAGAUGGAAUGGCCAAGGUUGAUUGCAUCCAAGUCAUCCUAAAAAGGAGGGGGCGGGAGGUCGAUCUUGCGUGA